GCCAAGCAACCAAACUUUACACAAGCAGUCAGUCACAGGUCUGUUUACGACCGCGAGUGUGUGCUGCUGUAUUUCUGACAAAUGAGUGAACGUGCUGGAGCUCAUUGUCUUCAGGUGCUGUGUUCACACCUGUGCUGCUGGGAGACUGAGCACCGCUGGGCACGAGGAGUCAAACACAGCAGUCCAGCACCCAUCAGGAAAUCCAGCAGCAAACACCUAACAGAGCAACUUCCAUCUCUGAGUGUUGUGGAUGUGUCUGAAUGGACUGGAUGGAUGAGAGCGGGUACAGAAAGGCCACGGGUCAGCGCUGAAACUGAGGAUGCUUCUCACUGCAAACAAAUAACACACACUCAGAAGAUCAAGAGGGCAGAUCUUUCAUUAGCAGAAUCCAUGAUGCCUGUGUCCAGCACAACCAAUGACAAACAAAACAAAAUAAAGUUAAACACAGUGGAGAUCAGUGCUGUGAGCAGCAGCUCGGAGUUUACUCAGCAUCCGGUGUUCAUGUGGAUCCCAAAUCUGCAGCAUCAGCCUCAGCGGAUACACACGCAGCAGUCUCCAUUUCCAAAGAUUGCUAUAAAAGAGUUAAUCUGCCUUCCAUCAUGUCAGCUGUCCAAGCCAUCCAAAGCGGCUGGCCUGCGGCAGAGGUGCACAGUUAAUAAAAGGAGAGCACACAGAUGCAGUAACUCUACACUAGAGGGCGCCGGAGGUUCACGCUGGGUGGGCAUUGCCUUUAAUCCCAUUCCAAAACCCAGCACACAUUCCCUGUCCCGCAGCUUUCCCUUCAGAGAUAGUGGACGAUUAAAUGGAAAACUGCCCAGUCUGAGCACGCAGCACCCAAAGCCCAAACACAGCAGCGGACACAGCUCAACAUUAAGCCUGAGUUUGGCCUCAGUGAAAUGCUGGAGAGGAAGCUGAGAAUGACCCGCUAGUAUGUUACAUAAUCAGUCUGCUCUGUGCUAUGAUUUAGAGCUCUUGUGUCUUGGAAGCAGAGGUUUUAAACUUUGACUAAUAAUAAAAUUAGUUUUACAUUGCUUGAA